AUGGAUAUGAAAAUAGAUGACGACCGAAAUAAUCCAGUGGAUGGUUUCGAAGAAGAAGAUCUUGAGAGGUACUUAGAAGCGGAGGAAGAAUUCAUGGCUGCCGAGGGCUAUGCUCAGAGUAACGGAGCGAUUCUCAGAGUUACAGCUGUUAGAGUGAUCCUAAACUCUCGUCUCGACAAUUUUGAUGUGUUUGAACAAUAUCUUGCUUUAACUUACUUUGAUCGCUUCAUUUCAAAGAACCCACUUCCGAAUGUGAUAGACUGUGCGCGAGAUGAGGUAGUUCUUGUUGUCAACUGUUGUUUAAUGAUUGCUUAUAAGAUGAGACUUGACAGCUUCGAUGUCCAUAGCUUUCUGGUGAAAACGAAAAUGAUUAACCAUGGGAGGCAUGUACGUAUAGUAGAACUUGUGAUUCUCAAUGCACUUAAAUGGGACUUGGAACUAACAGCUAUAUCGUUCGUUAAUUUGGUAAUUCCGAGGAUUUCUGGAGCAGAAAACAUCAAACGCAGAGUUGUAAACGAGAUUAUAAUCCAUGCACUAGGCGAUAAAACUGUUACAGAGUACAGACCUUCAGUGAUCGCUGCAGCAGCUAUUAUGACAGCUUGUAGUCUUACACUUCGAGAAAUGCAGCCCAUUUGCUAUAAAUGGAUUGUAGAUACCAAAUUUGUUGAUGAGGUUGAUUUAGAAGCCUGCUUUGUAAAGUUUUGUCAAAUGUGCAUGGAUAAGAAAAUCAUAAGGAAAAAAGAUAGAGAGGCGGCACAGAGUCCUCGGGUUCGAGCGGCCUCACGCAGUCCCGAGAAGGAGCCAAACCUGCGAAUUUCCGAUACAGAUGCAGAAAGAAUAGUUGAACGUAGACAUGGCAAGGAGCCAAAGCUGGGCAGUUCAGAUGCAGAUACAGAUAGGAAAUUUGAACGUAGGCCUGGAAAGGAACCGAUGUCUCUGUCGAAGACGAAGAAUAAGGCGGUAGCGGUACCAGAAAACAAAAUAGAUGAUUCAGAGUCAGAUGAUGAAAUAAACUUUAAAGUGAAGUGGAUACUGUGGAUUACUAAUCCUGAAGAGAUAGAUUUCGAUUACCCUCAUUUUCGAAAUCAUAACCCUCAGUACCGGUAUCGAAAGGCUGCUCAUCGAAAGAAAAUAUAUCGUGGCUAUCGUGGCUUUUUAUUUUCAUUUGAUUAG